CACUUCUACUGUGCUUCAUUUUAGAAGACUUCAUCACUUGGAACGAUAAUUGCAGGUUCUCAUCAACAACAAAGAAGUCGAAUCAUGUCCGAAUCUCCGCAUCGAAAGCGGGGAUUGUUCGCAACUAAUCGACAAUAUUAUCGGAAAUCGAAAUCGCCACUCAAGAAAAGGGGGCUUUCGUCGAAAAGUACAACGAAUGGUAUUUCUCCCUUCAGUAGCGUUAGAAGGCGUACUGCCCAAUAUGAAGAAAAUAUAAGCAAAAACAAUUUCUCAAAAGACAGUUCUGCGAAAUCCGAUACAGUUUCGUUUCCAGAAUCUACCGAUGAUUGCAAGGAAAACAAUUUCAUUGGAUCCACAAACGUCGAAAUCAAGUCCUACAGUCCAUUGACAGUAGAUACUAAUGCCCCCAUACAUCCUCUCCAGUUUCCAAUGGAGGAAAAUGCGGGAAACGAUGGAUAUAUCCCAAGGACCACUUCUCCAGGCCAUAACAGCCUUCCAAUUUCAUCCCCUACCAUAGGUCGGCUUUCCCACUCACCAAGUCAGCAGCCUCAACCUCCAAACCAUAUGGAUAUUAGAUUCGAUCAUGGUUCUCCUAGUAUUCUUGGUACGCCCACCUCGAAAUAUACGAGUCUUUCAGAUACGAAAGUAAAGAAGAAACACAAUGACGGUGUUCGAAAAAUGAAGUCUCCAUUUAAAAUUGGAGGUGUAAUAAGUCCAAACAUUAAGUCUCCGUUCAAAGUUGGAAGUUCACUCAGUCCGAAUACUUAUUCGAAGACUAGGAACAGAAAAUUCGACUUCAACGGGGAUGGAUCAUCAGGUUCUACAUACCUUUUGGGCACUUUGGGUGAAAGAUUGGAUAUUCAUGAAUUCAACCAUGAAAAUGGCCCGGAARCUACAAUUUUGUUUGAAGAGUCAAGUAACGGAGAUGACGAACUUGGUGAACUCGGCGAUAAGUCAGUGAGGACCUCUAAGAAAGAUGAGAACGUUAUCAAGAAGAGAACAGGCAUUGAAAACGGCAAGAARCGUGAUGGCUUUGUACAAAUAAUGUCACGCAGUCGACCCCCGAGUGAACUGCAUGGUCUUUGUACCUCUAUGACUACCACGGAUGAUUUGAUCAAGGCCAAGUCGCUUCUUUUUGGCAUCCCUCUACAUCAGGCCACGAGACGCAACUAUAAAGGAGAAACUAUUCUCCAUGGUUUUUCCAACAACAAAGCUCUAGCAACCAUCAUCGGUAACCCGAAUAAUGAGCAUUAUGAAACGAAAGAUUUCCUCACACUMUUUCGUCAGCCAAGCGUUGAUAAAGGUUCAACAGAUCAAUUAAACGAAUUGGUGGAAACUUUCCUUGUUGAUGAACUUCUACCCUCCUUUUUUGGAGCACCCAUAGCACAAGAUGAUAGUGGCCAAAUACCAUUUGAAGCUGGUYUGAUCGAUUGGGUUGCUACAUGCCACAAGGAAAUGUAUGGAAUUUCUGCUGAGAUCGGUACUGGUUACUUUUCAACCUACUCGCAUCGAGUCAGCGACGUUGUUACCCAAGCGUGGGAGUCUACAUCAACAACAAUYUUAAGUGCGAUUCCUUUUGGYAACAGAUCAGCAACAAAAAUGUUGAAAAAACAGUGUCAGGGGGAUUCCCAUUUAGAUCUGGAAAGAGGGGAUUCAAUGAGUAGCUCAGGGAGUAGUACGACGUCAGGAUCAAUUGGAAAAUCUAAGUUUAGUCCCCAUGCUCGAUUCUGCUUACGGAUGCUUUCUUUGAUUCUCGAUGAAUUUGAAAAGUUCACAGAAGGGUUUAGAAGUAUGGGAGUGAAUCACCAGAUGGAAAAAUAUGGUAGAGCCAUCAAAGGAAUUCAACAGCUCGAAAAUGUCACUGGUCCCCUCGAUCUUUGCGGAAGAGUGGUUGAGAAAAUUGCGUCUAUUCCGAACCUUCUGGAAGUGAUUUUCUCUAUCAACAAUGAUAUUGACCUUGACUUCGUUCURUCGACRAAAAUAAUCAAGCGAGUCCUACUGGAUAAACAUUCUGUAGGACCAUGGUUGACUCAAAUGUUACAAAGUCCACAGCGACAACUCUCUAAGCGUGCUAUCCUUUAUCUUCAAACUGUGUCGUCAUUGUGCUCUGGGAGUCAGAAGGGUAACGAUAAGAAUGGAAAGGAAGAAUCGCAACCCGAAGUUGCUUACUAUGACGAUCUCAUCGACGAAGUUAGCCGUUUAGAUGAUUUCAUUCCUUCGUUGCUAGCACUUGGUGAUAAUGUCAUUGAGGAAAUAUCGACAUCUCUGAUUGUGAAGAAAGUGAUGGAUAGAAUGAUUGCCCGACCUUUCGUUGCAACUGUUGUAUUUUGCGAUGCCAUCUUUUUGUUUCUUAUGAUCGCAGGAUUUCGGGCAGCUGUGAAUGGUAUGAUUAUGGGCGAUGAUUUGGACACAGUUCUCGCGUGGAUAUAUGUUGUAAGUUGGCUAUAGAAUGAGCUGGCAUAAUUUUCGUUUGUUGGAGAGCGACUCACCAAAAAAAAUUGCAGUCCAAUACUGGAAUCUUUUACUUUAUUAUCAGCGAAAUCGGAAAAUUUGUCAGCCUCUUCCUACUCUCAAAACAUUCAAGAAAUUAUAUUUUGUCGUUUUGGAAUUUGGUUGAUUUCCUCGCUAUUUUACUUGCAGCAAUCUCAUCAAUCACGAUGCGAUGGCAAUUUACUAUCAGCGACGAGACGGGUAUCGAAGACAACGAUGCUUUGCGUGGACUACUAGCUGUGACUACGGGACUUCUAUACCUUCGAGUUUUGAAUUUCCUCAAGGCUAUCAACAUGCAGUUGGCGACUUUCGUCCUUGCUAUCGUCCAAAUUACAAAAGAUAUCUUCUGGUUCUGCAUCAUUUUGUUGACGCUGAUCAUAUCUUUUUCCCAGAUGUUCUUCACAAUUUUGGCUCCUCCGUCAUGUGCUACGAAAGAUAAUUCGGGCCUUCAAUGUCAACAAACCGAAUAUCUUCUUGGUGUCUAUUCCAUCCUUCUUGGGGAUUUCGGGAUUUUUUCAAGGGAGGAUUUUGCAACCGGGUUCUCAGUUUUCCUUGUGGUCUUAUACACAUUUUUGGUCACCGUGGUACUCUUAAACGUUCUAAUUGCCAUUGCAUCUGAUAGCUACGAAAAGUGCUUGAUAAAAUCACAAAAACUCUUUGGAAGAGCCCGGGUAAUGCUAAUAGCAGAGCUUGCCUCUUUCCAAAGCCUUCUGCGCAGAAGGGAUCAAGAUACUGCGACACUAGAAUCUAAUGCGGGAGRAGGGAUUGUCUACAGCAAAUGGUGGACAAGCGUAGGUCUGACACAUAACUGGAGUCGUGGAUCUGUGCUAUUCUUUUGGUUAUCCAUGCUCGUCAUAGUAAGUAUAUGGUUGGCUCAGCUAAUGUGAAUUGAGGGCAAUGCACAGUAUAUUUCAGUUUCUCACAGUGAUACUAAACGAUUGAAACUCCGUUGAUAAUUAGGUUUGUUGGACAUUCGCUGAAUUGGUAGGUUACGUGCAGGGUGUCAAGGUCGGUUCUCUGAUUAUGAGUUUCUCGAGCGUCUUGAUCAACAUAACGCUGUACAUCGUAAUAAUGUUCUUUCUCGAUCGUAAUCCAUCAGCUAAAUCGCUGGAUGGAAACGAUGGCUGGGCAAUUGGCUUACAAAAAACCGUUCAUUGGGUACUUGGCGUAUCGCGAAGGUCUCAAAAGGUUUCAAGUAAGCAUUCGAGAGGACAAGAUGAAUGGCAUGGCCGAGUUGAGUUUUUGCAACGCGAAAUGGAUCGGAAUGCAAAGARAAAUGCAGAACUAAUGAAGUCGCAGUCCAAAAGUUUACAGAACAUAAUGAACAUGUCUGAGACGAGAGUGAGGACAGAAAUCAAUCAAAUCGACGACAAGUUCAAACUGUUGGAGGCCUCUGUGCAAGAUGAAGUGAAUGGGACAAGAGAGUUGAAUGCCAAUUUGAUGAGUGCAGUAAGAGAACUUAGACRAUUGAUCUCCCUCGCCGAAGGGUCGAGCAAUGGAAGCGAUUCUCCUCCCAGCAUUCCAAUCGAGGUAAACCUUGGAAGUGAAUAAAAAAUCAUUUUAUAAAUUAAAAAGGGAAUUACAGAGGGGAAACGCAGUUUCAGUGUGUUGAGUUGGCGACUUAUYGAAGGCCAGGGAUCUAAGAUGACAACUCAACUCAAGAGAAGCAAAAAGKUUAUGUUUCCACACACAUGGCAUUAAUUUAAGAGUAUGCAAAUAUUCUACAAAUAACAAGAAAUUUAGUUA